AUGUUUUCAGGCCUAUCGCUUGCUAAUGGACACAAAUGGCAUGAAACUGCAUGGAAAAAGCAGACCACACAGAGCCCAGGGAUACAUUUUAAAAAAUAUAUAAAGCAGAAGGAACAAAGCAGAAUACGACUGCAAUCUUCGACACGCAAACGAUUAUUUGCUCCAAGAGAGAAAACCCAACCGGAUAAGCACUAUGGACCUGAAGCUUGUGAUCCUAUUGAUAUUAACGAAGCACAGUUGACAGAAUUCCAAAAGUCACCAGAAAACUUUGCUUUGAUUGAAACGUCCACUGUAGGACAGCAUGAAAAUGAUUUAUAUACUACUACUCAUAGGAGUGACCGUUUGACUGCUAGUCAUUUUGAAAUGGUGAGUUGUGUGGUGUGA